GGUUCUAAUGACUGGAACUUUUUCCUCAAAAUUUUAUUACUGCUAUUUCUGAUAUAGAUAAGCGCCCUCUUGAACGUUACAAAUCUUAUCAUUUCCUUCACUACCUUCUUUCAUAGUAGUAUUCUUCCUUGCUUUCCUUUUUUUUUUUUUGAAUACUACGUCGUUUUGGCUCAUCGGGAUCGUCUCUUCCGUUGCCGUAAACUCUCCGAAUGUUAAUACAACCCUUUCUUUUUGCUGAUGGCAACAUCACUUUCCAAAUCAGCUAUUUGGGAUUGAAGCUCUCCAAUCCGUAGGGAACUUAGCGGUAGAUCGCAGAAAGAGGCUUUUCAGUUUUCCGGUUAAAUGCGACGGAAAGGGACAGAGCUAAUGAUGUAGUGGUCUUCCCGGAAGAUGAGAAUUAUCAGUCUUUCACUUCAUUAUUGCUGCAGCGAUUCCGCUAGCUAUAAGGGUUUGGCAGUCAUCCUCAACAAGUCCUCUUCUCCUUCUCCCCAUAAGGGUAAGGGUCCUGAAUCAGCUCCUCCAAGAAUCACGUCCAAUGUCAAGCAGAACUUGCAGUUUUUGAAGUUGUGGAAGGAAUUCCAAAAGAGUAAAUCUAGUGCACCUAAGCCUGCAACUAGUUAUAGGAGAAAGAAGGUGCAAAAGGAGGAGCUUCCUGAAGACAUAGAGCUUUAUCGUGAUCCUACAACGACCCUUUAUUAUACCAACCAGGGUUUAGAUGAUGCUGUCCCUGUAUUGCUCGUCGAUGGUUACAAUGUAUGUGGCUAUUGGAUGAAGCUGAAGAAGCAUUUUAUGAAAGGGAGGCUUGACAUUGCUCGCCAAAAACUAAUAGAUGAACUUAUAACUUUUAGUAUGCUAAGAGGGGUUAAAGUGGUUGUUGUAUUUGACGCUAUGAUGUCUGGACUUCCUACGCACAAGGAAACUUUUGCCAGCAUUGAUAUAGUUUACUCAGGAGAGUCUUGUGCUGAUGCAUGGAUCGAAAAGGAGGUUGUAGCUCUGAGGGAGGAUGGGUGCCCCAAAGUUUGGGUUGUGACUUCUGAUCAUUGUCAGCAGCAUGCAGCACAUGGAGCGGGAGCCUUUAUUUGGAGCUCCAAGGCAUUGGUUUCUGAGAUUAAAGCUUCACAGAAGGAGGUUGAGAGGAUGCUUCAAGAACAAAGAUCUACUUCUUUUCAAGGUAAACUAUUGAAGCACAAUCUCGAUACUGAAGUUGUUGAUGCUCUUAAGGAUCUAAGAAGACAGCUUUCUGAGAAUGAGUCCUGCUAGCUAUUUGGAUCUGGUUUCUUGUUAUUGUUCUCAGCUGAAUAUUGCAUAAUCAAAAUGCUAAUCUUGGUAUGUACCUAGAUAAGUGAUAUUCAUAUUGGGUAUACCUGGCUCAUAAAUCAUAGUAAGCACAAUUCUGAUGGAAGUAGUAAAAUUGGUAACUACUUACCUCAUUCUAAUCUUCUUUUCAUUGCUAUUUCUACUUGUCUAGAUUUGACAAUCCGUGUAUUUUGGGUGUAUUUAUAUCAAAUUAUUUUUACUCUUUUUA